GACGGCCGCGCAUAAAACUCAGCGUAUUUAACUCCCACUAAACUCUCCAAUUUUUAAGCACGCACUUAGCUUACUACUACUUUCAUCCAGAGAAAGAGCUCUAAAUUUUAAUCUUCCUAUAUACUGCUCUAGCUGCUUAUUUAAUUAAUUACCCUUUGACCCUCCCUAUGCACAACACAGGCAGAAGAGUCAGGCGCUCUGAGGUUAAUAAGUUUGAUCCUCUCACUUAAUCAUUCAUUAUUAAUAAUAUGAUACUCUCUGUUAACAACACCCUAGCCUCUAUGUAUUUGGUGGCAUGCAGGCCUUCUGGCCUUCGAUUGUGAUGAAGAAGUGGCUGAACAUACAGCCUAAAGUGUACGACUUUAGCGAAGACGAGGUCGACACCGAGAGUGAAGAUGAUGCUUUGCCGGAUAAAGAUAAAAGGGAGAUUGAAGAACAUGAAGGCCGCGUAUUACAAAGAAAGCCUUCCCAAUGCUCCAACCGAACCUCUGGCAAACCCUCAACCGACUUUUCACUAAAGCACAGGAGAGGCAAGUCUGAGACUCUACGUCUCCAGUACAUCAGUAGGAAAGACGUGAGAGUUACAAUAGGUACAUGGAAUGUUGCAGGGAGGCUCCCUGGUGAAGAUCUUGAGAUCGAUGAGUGGCUUUGCAUGAAAGCACCCGCGGAUAUUUAUGUCCUUGGUUUUCAGGAGGUGGUACCCCUGAACGCUGGGAAUGUGCUUGGAGCAGAAAACAGAAGGCCCAUUACUAAAUGGGAAGCCAUUAUUCGCAGAACACUGAACAAAACUAUUGGGCCUGAAUCUAAGCCCAAGAGCUAUAGCGCUCCUCCCUCUCCAGAACUCAGGACUUCUACUCCUUCAGACAUAAUUGCAGAUGCAGAAAUCAAAGACCCUUCAUGCGAAUCAUGCAUGGUUACAAUUCCGAAGAAUCUAAGCUUGAAGCGGGGUUUGGGUUUGGAUUGGCCCGAACUUCCUCUGGAUGGAACUCCCCAACUUCUUCCUUCAACCUUUAAGCUUAGAAGGGUUCUGAGCAGUUGUGCACGGGUUGGUUUUGAGGUCCUGGAUAAUCCAGUUUCAUUCGGGCCUAUUGGAUUGGGUCUUGGCGGGCUGAAAAGUGGGCACCAUAGCUCUGGAGACUUGGAGUCUCUGUGGACCGACAGUCUUACUGAUGGCUCUGAUCAAUUCUCUGAAGAAGAGGAUGAGGACGGUUUUGGGGAUUUUCCGGAGGUUAGUGAAGAAAAAGGUGUUAGCUUGUUAAAGAAAUCGCGUCCAAUGUAUGUUCGAAUUGUGAGUAAACAGAUGGUCGGGAUUUAUGUUUCGGUUUGGGUACGAAGAACAUUGAGAAGGCAUAUCAACAACUUGAAAGUCUCUCCUGUCGGAGUUGGACUGAUGGGAUACCUCGGUAAUAAGGGAUCUGUUUCAGUGAGCAUGUCUCUUUACCAGACAAAACUAUGCUUUGUCUGCUCACAUUUGACAUCUGGACAGAAGUUAGGUGCUGAGCAAAGGAGGAACUCUGAUGUGAAUGAAAUCUUAAGGCGCACCAGCUUCUCCUCAUCGGUGUUUAAAUCAGAAACUGAUUAUCCUCCUCCCCUAACAAUCCCAUCUCACGAUCAGAUAUUCUGGUUUGGAGACUUGAACUAUAGAAUCAAUCUAACAGAUACCAAAGUAAGAAAGCUUGUUUCAAGAAAGAAAUGGGAUGAGCUCUUGGACCAUGAUCAGCUCAGCAAGGAGCUCAGGAGUGGAUGUGUGUUUGAAGGUUGGAAGGAAGGAGCCAUUAACUUCGCUCCAACUUACAAAUAUGAGUUCAACUCAGAUAGAUAUGUGGGGGAGAGCGCGAGAGAAGGGGAGAAGAGGAGGUUGCCUGCAUGGUGUGAUCGUAUACUGUGGUUAGGGAAAGGCAUCAAACAGAUUUUUUACAAUAGGACAAAUAUAAGAUUAUCGGAUCAUCGACCUGUGAGUUCCAUGUACGUGGUGGAAGUAGAAAUCUUUAAUCAGCGGAAGCUCCAACGGGCUCUCAAUGUCAAUUCUGCUGCUAUACAUCAUGAUAAGUUUGUUUAAUAACAUAGAUGAAUCCCCGAAGUUAGACCUUUAAGAAAAUCAUGUUGGCGCAGUUUUUUACUCAUGAUUUUUUCAUUCAUCAGUGGCAAUAAAUGUUGUAGAUUAUACCACAAACUAAACACAUAAAUAGUUAUAGUUAUAGUUAUUGUUAUAGUUAUAGUUAUAGUUAUAGUUAUAGUUAUAGUCUAGAUUAUGUUUGUAUUAUUAUGAAAGUAUAAACUCAUCAGACAAAUACAUAAGGUAAAAAAUCACUCAUCGCAAUAGUAUCCGAUUUAGUCAGCACAUAACAAUCUAAUGUAUGUUACUCAAGGGGCAAGUUUCUUGUAAGUUUAUGGAGUGGCAGGAUCUAAGGGGCAAGCUUUAUUUGAUGUAGCGAAUUUCUUUUCCGCUGAAGUGCGGCUAUUCUAAAUCGCCAAACGGUGAUCUUCUCAUGCCAGGAUCUAAUGGCUGCUAGAUGAAAUACGAGGGGGGAAUAUAGAUUAUGAGAGAACCAGAUUCAUCAUCAAGCUCAGUUGCAAAGGAAAUUGCAAACACCCAGGGAUCAAUCCUGAACCGAAGCAACGUUCAAUUUCAUUAUCCUUGCCAAUGAGAAAUGAGAAAUUAUUUGAUUGUCGUUGUGUUAUCUUCUAUUUUUAUUGCAGUACUAUGUGUACUUCUUAGUUAGUUUGUAUUUUUAGAUUGUGUAUUCUUCAAGUGGAAUCUCUGUAAAAGAAAAUUAACUAAUUUGGUCAGCUUCUAACAAGAUUUUACCAGUUUUAUCUUUAAUAUAACUUUUAGUUGGUA